CUCAGUUCUAUGACGUCAUUUACGCGGGUUGUUGGUGGGGAAAAAGCGCGGUAGCAGAAGUGAAACUAUUAAUUCAGACGAAUUGUGAUUGAUUUGAACAAUUAACUAACGUUUCUUAGGUAGAUUAAUCCCUGCGGAUUUUGGAAAGUGUUUAAUACGCAUACUUUAUAUGCAGCCACACUUUACGUCAAACACUUGAGAUGGAUUCUUGUGUCGCCUGCACUGAUGAAAUGUUUGGAGUAGACGGCAUUGUCAAGUCUGGAAACAAGAAAAAAAUGUCAAGGGACAUGGAGUCGGACAUAGAAUCCCUCUACAAAGCUGUUCCUCAGCUUGCCAAGACUUUUCGUAUCAUAGAAAAAAUUGGACAAGGAACAUUCAGCUCAGUCUACCUUGGUGAGGCUCGGAUGCAGGAUGGUAGCAGAGGCUUGUUUGCGCUCAAACAUCUCAUUCCUACCAGUCAUCCCACUCGCAUUGCUGCUGAGCUCCAGUGUCUCACAAUUGCUGGGGGCAGGGAGAAUGUAAUGGGUGUGGAGUAUUGCUUCAGAAAGGAGGAUCACGCCGUGAUUGUCAUGCCUUAUAUGGAACAUCAAGCAAUAGUGGACAUCAUUGGCACAUUGAGCUUUGAAGAGGUUCGGCUGUACAUCUACCAUCUGUUGAAGGCCCUCAGACACAUUCAUCAGUUUGGUAUAAUCCAUCGAGACAUCAAACCGAACAACUUUCUCUACAAUAGGAAGGCCAAGAAGUUUGCCCUGGUGGAUUUUGGCUUGGCUCAGGGAACGGCGGACACUCAAAUCGAGCUGCUCAAGGUGGUCAGGCAGAAGUUGUCGCAACCAAAACCCGGAGGCUCCAAAGAAAGACGAGCACAACAUAGACCCCCCUCUGCCAACACUGCCCCCACCUCACUACAUCCACCGCAUUCUACGGCUCAUCCACAUUCCUCCAACUCUUUUUCUUCCUCAGCAACUCGGAAAGUGCUGAUUAAAAAAUCACAUUCUCUCACGAACACAGUGGGGGCCUCCACUUCUCACGCAAAGGAUUUAGUGGGUUUAAGCAAAGCACCAAGGCCUGUGUUUAGCGAGAGGAACCUGAACAGCUGUUCUUUAAUCACCACCAAACAAGAAACUAAAACACAACUCGUGAGAACUGGAGAGCUUUCAAGUCGAAGGUUUCCUCCAGCCAGAAGAGGACUAGCAACUGUCCGCAAUCAGAAAUCUCAGCGAGGUGUCCACCACUCUCUUACCUGCAACUGCUUCCAAACGGACCAAGUCUGCAACGUGUGCUUGUCUAGGAAGCAGCAGUCUGCUCCAAGAGCGGGAACUCCUGGUUUCCGUGCACCUGAAGUCCUCAUUAAGUGUCCGAACCAAGGGACAGCUAUCGACGUGUGGUCAGCCGGAGUCAUCUUCCUCUCCCUGCUGAGUGGACGUUACCCGUUUUUCAAAGCCAGCGACGACAUGGUGGCCCUCACUCAGAUUAUGACCAUCCGAGGCUCCAGAGAAACUGCACGAGCUGCUAAGGCAUUCGGCAAGGCGGUGCUGUGCAGUCGGGAGCUUCCCAGGUUGGAUCUCAGGGUUCUUUGCGAGACACUAAGAGGUCGGAGACCAGUUGAAGAAGUCUGUAAAUCUCUAGAUGAUUGCCGCAAAAAGCGAGCGGUUGAGACACCACUGCUUUCAAAAAGCAAGGCGAAAUUCCAAAAAGUCUCACAGAGCGAAACUUUGGUCAAUGAUGAACAGGGGUGGGACACUGUGCCUGAAGAGGCCUAUGACCUACUGGACCACUUAUUGGAUCUCAACCCAAUGACUAGAAUUACAGCAGCAAAGGCUCUGGAGCACCCACUCUUUACAGACUUUUGAUUGUCAGGUUAUAUGGAUUUUUAUCAGUAAAGGUAGUAUUUCGGAUUUAGGCUUUAUGAACAAAUGGGGUGAGUAGAGGGUGACCAAUUCUAAUCCACCUCAGUGAACAUGUUUUUCGUUUUACUAUUUUUCGAUAAAUUUCAUAAAAUGUUAUUUUAAAUGGUGAGAAUAAAGGAAUGAAAUAUUAAAUAAUAAAUCUGAGGUACCCUCCCAUAUUUAUCACAUAAAAUGACUGAAUUUUUGUAAACUCCUUCAAUGGUGCUGUAAAUGGUAAACCAUGAGUUAACUGGAUAAUUUGUUAAUAAAAAAUUACAGUGAAACUGGCCUCCGUGACCCUCAUGAGAAUAAGCAGCACGGGAGAUAAAUGAAUAAAACUGGACUUGUUAGUCAUUAGUUUUCUUUCAAGAUACACAAUUUACUGUUGACCAUUUAAAAUGAGCAUGCAUUUUUACAUACCAUAAUUUUAUGACUAUAAGACUCACCCACCAACUGUGACAAGAAGCCCGAAUUUGUUUAUAUACCUACCGUAUAAAAUGUACUGUUCGUAAAUGUCCAUAUUGUAUUUUGUAAUGUUCACACCAAAAGACAUGCAGCUCAUUAACCUGUAAAAAAUCAAGAUGCACUGGACUAUAAUUAGUGUUCAUUGUGGGGAAAAUAUUAAUGCCUUGUCAGAAACCUAAGUUUAAAAAAAAAAAAACUUUCUGUGAAUGUUAAAAAUCAAAGACUGAAUGCUCAAACGUUUACCCGCUCCUGCCUAAUGAAGAAUCUUAACACCAAAUAGUUUUCUAAAUGUAUAUUAUCAAUUGCUAAGAUGCUUGUCCUAAUUAAUUUGUAUCAUAUAAU